CCCAUCCUGCCGGCAGAUGGCGCUUGCCCCGGCGCCCUUGCCGGUGCGUGCGCCUCCAAGAGCGUCAAGGCCGCCUACCUCGACGGACCGAUCGACUGCGGCGGGCAAGGUUGGUUCUGUCGCAUCAUGCCGCAGCCCGGCUGGGGCGACUGCAGCUACGGCGACUGCAAUUUUGCCAACUGCGCCACUCCUGAUGCGGACGAGCUCGACACGGACGGCCACUGCCACGGCUCGGACGAUGACAGCACGUACGGCUGGUGGGUGCGCGAUCACCAUUUUAGAGGCUAUACAGGCACGCUCAACUGCUGCUGCGGGUGGGGCGCGCCAAUGUACGGCGUCGUCAACCGCUGUGACUACCGCAAGCCCGUCAGCGAGGCCGAGGUUGCGACUUGCCGCGACGCAAACGAAGAGCACGACGUCGACUUCAACCCCACGUGCGACGCCCACCCUCUCAAGCCCGACCCCGUCACCAACGGCGGCAUGUGCUGGACGGUGCGCAGUUUUGCUGCCAAGUGAGGUCCAAGGACCACAUGAGGUCGACCUGAGGUCGACGCGGGCGACGAGGCGAGGGGGGUGUCCUGGUGAAAGGGCGAGGGAAGGCCAAGGCGUGGCGCGGCGGGCGAACCCGAGCGACAUGCCGACAUGUUCAUUAAGUGGUGUACCUACGGUCUUACGCCUGUGUGGCAGUACUGCUCUCGACGUGGCUCCUGUCUCUGCGCGUUUGCGCGCGCGCAUGCUCACACCGGCCUAUGUACGUACGUAUGUAGAUUAUGUGGAUGUAUUUUCUUUGGCG